AUGACGGUGACGCCGAGGAUCCAUGUCAAUGAUGGCAACCUGGUGAUCCAGGGCAAGACAAUCCUCACAGCCGUGCCGGAUAAUAUCGUGAUCACGCCAGGUUCCGGCGCGGGCCUCGUCGCCGGAGCAUUCGUCGGCGCAACCGCUUCCGCUAGCAAAAGCCACCUUGUUUUUCCCAUAGGCACCCUCGAGUAUGCCUCUUCCUUUUUCCCCCUCUUUCUUCCCCUCCGCUGACAUUGACGGCGGCAGCUAACGUUUCCCUCUUUCCUUGCUCUUCUCCCCCAGGGGCCUGCGGUUCAUGUGUUGCUUCAGGUUCAAGCUGUGGUGGAUGACGCAGCGGAUGGGCACCUGCGGUAAGGAGGUCCCCCUGGAGACACAGUUCAUGCUGGUGGAGAGCAAAGACGACGGCGAGGACGCCACCACCGUCUACACCGUGUUCCUCCCACUGCUUGAGGGGCAGUUCCGCGCCGCCCUCCAGGGGAACGAGCAGAACCAGAUCCAGAUUUGCCUCGAGAGCGGUGAGUCCCUCCCCUCGAAAAUGUCUAUCAUUAAAACUCUUUAGUCCAGUUAAACUCGACCCCUCGACCUACCACCGGCAGCUCCCCCCCGGACGGCUGCUGCUGGGAAGGCUGCCGACAGAAUGAAUGUGGACCCCUCGACCACCACCGUCGCCAUCGUUUUCUGAGAACGGGCCGACAUGAGAAUGGGGCAAGGACCGAAACGACUCUUGCCGUCUUCUGUGGGUAUGCAGGGGACGAUGCCGUGAGGACAGACCAGGGGAUGCGCAUGGUCUACCUGCAUGCUGGCACCAACCCCUUCGAGGUGGUCAACCAAGCCGUCAAGUGAGGGUUUUUUUCUCUGAUACGCCUUCUUCUUCCGCCACCUUUUUGUUGAUUGCUUGCCGGCCGGCCAGCGUCCAUGAGAAGAAUGACCUGGAUAAUUCCGACGUCUCUCUCCUUCUUCAGGGCCGUCGAGACGCACAAGCAGACCUUCCUCCACCGUGAAAAGAAGAAGGUACGUGAACAGACAAACUCUUAAGAGCAGAAUUAAAAAAUAUAUAAUAAAAGCCGGGGUGCUUUGACUGAUAUCUCGUGGAUUUCUUAAUCAGAUACCUCCAUUUGUCGACUGGUUCGGGUGGUGCACUUGGGACGCCUUCUACACCGAUGUCACCGCGGAGGGCGUGGACGAGGGACUAAAGAGGUGGGUCUGCAAGCUUCUCCAAUUUUCGUGAUCACCCACCGCCGUUCAUAUCUGAUAAUCGGGGUAAAUUUUCCUCAAUCGUAAAAAAAUCUCUUACGUUUAAUUCGUGAUCUCGGGCUGCUGCAGUCUAUCAGCGGGUGGCACGCCCCCUCGUUUCCUCAUCAUAGACGACGGGUGGCAACAGAUCGGCAACGAGUUCAAGGACCAGCCCAGUGUGGUGGUACAAGAAGGGGCACAGUAUGUACUCAUCCGAACUCGUAUUUUUUAAUAUCAGAGUGGUCGUCUCUGAUGGGAGUGGGCUCGGGUAUUUCCAAUCUUUGCAUCAGAUUCGCGAAUAGGUUGACUGGAAUCAAGGAGAACGCCAAGUUCCAAAAGAACGGGAAGACGAAGAACGAUCCCCACGUCAAGGAAGUCGACGAGGACGACGAGGGCCGGGCGUCGGGCUUGAAGCUCCUUGUCAAGGAAGCCAAGAACAGCCACAAAGUCAAGUAAGACCUCGACUUCUCUCCCUCUCUCUUCUCUCUCUGCUCUCUCUCUCUCUCUCUCUCUCUCUCUCUCUCUCUCUCUCUCUCUCUCUCUCUCUCUCUCUCUCUCUCUCUUUAACUCCCCGGAGCAGGUACGUGUACGUGUGGCACGCGCUGGCGGGGUACUGGGGCGGCGUGAAGCCGGCGGCUGAGGGCAUGGAGCACUACGACACCACGCUAGCUUACCCCGUUCAGUCUCCGGGCGUGAUGGGGAACCAGCCGGACAUCGUCAUGGACAGCCUCGCCGUGCACGGGCUCGGACUGGUCCACCCCAAGAAAGUCUUGCAGUUCUACAACGAGCUCCACGCCUACCUCGCUUCCUGCGGCGUCGACGGCGUCAAGGUCGACGUGCAGAACAUCAUAGAAACCUUAGGGGCGGGCCAUGGCGGGCGGGUGUCCAUCACCCGGAGCUAUGUUCAGGCCCUGGAGACCUCCGUGGCCAGGAACUUCCCCGACAACGGCUGCAUCGCCUGCAUGUGCCACAACACCGACGGUCUCUACAGCUCGCAGCGGACGGCGGUGGUGAGAGCCUCCGAUGACUUCUACCCCAAGGACCCAGCUUCCCACACUGUCCACAUCUCCUCCGUCGCCUACAACAGCCUCUUCCUCGGCGAGUUCAUGCAGCCCGACUGGGACAUGUUCCACGUGAGUCGCCGUCUUCUUCUUCUUCUUCUUCUUCUUCUUUUUCUUCUUGUUCUUCAAAUGGGUUUCUGACUUCGCCAUGGGUUUUCUCGGGGAUCUCAGAGUCUUCAUCCGGCGGCGGAGUACCACGGCGCGGCGAGGGCGAUCGGCGGAUGCGCCAUCUACGUCAGGUAUAAGAUGAUAAAUAAUAAUCCUUCUUCCAUCCAGUCGUCUUGUAGGAUUUGUUCGGUUUCACUGAUUACUGGUGGAAUCACAGUGACAAGCCGGGAAACCACAACUUCGAUCUUCUGAGGAAGCUGGUCCUGCCCGACGGUUCGGUGCUGCGGGCGCAGCUCCCCGGCCGGCCGACGAUCGACUGCCUCUUCACCGAUCCUGCUCGGGACGGCACAAGGUGGGUAAUCUGGACCCACCUCCCCCAAUUUGAUCCUCCAUUGGCCCAGGCGAUCGAUCCGCCAUUGACGUCCUUCUUCUUUCAGCCUGCUGAAGGUGUGGAACGUGAACAAGUGCAGCGGGGUGGUGGGGGUGUUCAACUGCCAGGGCGCCGGCUGGUGCAAGAUCGCCAAGAAGACCCUCAUCCACGACGCCGACCCGGGAACCCUCACGGGCACCGUCAGCGUCCGCGACGUCGACCUCCUCCCCCACAUCGCCGGUCCCUCCUGGUCCGGCCACGCCGUCGUCUACGCCUACAGAUCAGGUGCCCUACUACUCCCCCUCUUCUUCUUCAUCAUCAUCUUUUUAUUCCUUGGAGAUGAACACCUCACUGACGGAAAUGAGAACAGGGGAGGUAAUCCGACUGCCCAAGGGCGCCGCAUUGCCUGUCACCCUCAAGGUCCUGGAGUAUGAGCUCUUCCACAUCUGCCCUCUCAUGGUGAGCCACCCCCUCCCCUUCCGGGGCAGGAAUCUUUUGUCCUUUCCUUCCUCUGCUGACGGCCCUUGUGCAGGAAAUCUCUCCGGGCAUCUCCUUCGCGCCGAUCGGCCUCCUCGACAUGUUCAACGCCGGCGGAGCGGUGGAGGAGAUAGACAUCAAAAAGGGGGGCGGCGCCUCGUCGGGCACUGUGGCGCUGACGGUGCGCGGCUGCGGGCGCUUCGGCGCGUACAGUGCGCAGCGGCCUCUCCGGUGCGCGCUGGACUCGGCGGAGGCGGAGUUCGGCUACGACGCGGCGACCGGGUUGCUCACCGUCGCCAUCCCCGUGCCGGAGAAGCAGAUGCACCGGUGGACCUUGGAAGUGCAGGUCUAA